GGAGGAGGCAGGCGGGCGCAUGGGGCGCCCCGGCCCCGCCCGCAGCGCGCCCCCUCCGGCCUGGCCCCGCUGAACGCCCCCCCAGCGCCGCGCCUAGAUCUCGCGCCCCGGGGCCAUGCCGGUCAUGAAGGGGUUGCUGGCCCCGCAAAACACCUUUCUGGACACCAUCGCCACCCGCUUCGACGGCACACACAGCAACUUCCUGCUGGCCAACGCACAGGGCCCACAGGGCUUCCCCAUUGUCUACUGCUCUGACGGCUUCUGCGAGCUCACAGGCUACGGCCGCACCGAGGUCAUGCAGAAAACCUGCAGCUGCCGCUUUCUCUAUGGCCCGGAGACCAGCGAGCCAGCCCUGCAGCGGCUGCACAAGGCCCUGGAGGGCCACCAGGAGCACCGGGCUGAAAUAUGCUUCUACCGCAAGGAUGGCUCAGCCUUUUGGUGCCUCCUGGACAUGAUGCCCAUCAAGAAUGAGAUGGGAGAGGUGGUGUUGUUCCUUUUUUCCUUCAAAGACAUCACUCAGAGUGAGGGUCCAGGACUGAGGCCCCCAGGAGGCCGUGGGGACAGUAAUCACGAAAACUCCCUCUGCAGGAGGAGAGCCAGUUCAAAACUUCGGUCCGCCAGGAGGCAGAGUCGGACUGCCCUACACCGACUGACUGGUCAAUUUGGUCGCCGGAGCCAGGGAAGCAUGAAAACCAGUAAUAACAUGUUUGAGCCAAAGCCAUCAGUGCCUGAGUACAAGGUGGCCUCCGUGGGGGGGUCCCGCUGCCUCCUCCUCCACUACAGCGUCCCCAAGGCUGUCUGGGAUGGCCUCAUCCUCCUCGCCACCUUCUACGUUGCCAUCACCGUCCCCUACAACGUCUGCUUCUCGGGCGAUGAUGAUAACCCCAUCACCUCCCGACACACCCUUGUCAGCGACAUUGCCGUGGAGAUGCUCUUCAUCCUGGAUAUCAUCUUGAACUUCCGCACCACCUAUGUGUCCCAAUCCGGCCAGGUGAUCUCUGCUCCUCGCUCCAUUGGCCUCCACUACCUGGCCACCUGGUUCUUUGUUGACCUCAUUGCUGCUCUGCCCUUUGACCUGCUUUAUGUCUUCAACAUCACCGUGACAUCGCUGGUGCACUUGCUGAAGACAGUGCGGCUGCUGCGGCUGCUGCGGCUGCUGCAGAAGCUGGAGCGCUACUCGCAGUGCAGCGCCGUGGUGCUCACGUUGCUCAUGUCCGUGUUCGCGCUCCUUGCACACUGGAUGGCCUGUGUCUGGUACGUCAUCGGGCGCCGGGAGAUGGAGGCCAACAACCCGCUGCUCUGGGACAUUGGCUGGCUGCACGAGCUGGGCAAGCGGCUGGAGGUGCCCUACGUCAACGGCUCAGCGGGUGGACCGUCGCGGCGCAGCGCCUACAUCGCCGCACUCUACUUCACGCUGAGCAGCCUUACCAGCGUGGGCUUCGGCAACGUGUGCGCCAACACCGACGCGGAGAAGAUCUUCUCUAUCUGCACCAUGCUCAUCGGCGCGCUGAUGCACGCUGUGGUGUUCGGAAACGUGACGGCCAUCAUCCAGCGCAUGUACUCGCGCCGCUCGCUCUACCACAGCCGCGUGAAGGACCUCAAGGACUUCAUCCGCGUGCACCGCCUGCCGCGGCCGCUCAAGCAGCGCUUGCUCGAGUACUUCCAGACCACGUGGGCCGUCAACAGUGGCAUCGACGCCAACGAGUUACUGCGUGACUUCCCAGACGAGCUGAGAGCUGACAUUGCUAUGCACCUGAAUCGGGAGAUCCUGCAGCUGCCGCUGUUUGGAGCAGCAAGCAGGGGUUGCCUGAGGGCCCUCUCCCUGCACAUCAAGACUUCCUUCUGUGCUCCGGGGGAGUACCUGUUGCGCCGAGGGGACGCCUUGCAGGCGCACUACUACGUCUGCUCAGGCUCGCUUGAGGUGCUCCGUGACAACAUGGUGCUGGCCAUCCUGGGGAAGGGGGACCUGAUUGGGGCAGAUAUCCCUGAACCAGGGCAGGAGCCUAGGUCAGGGGCAGGCUCAAGCUGUGUACUGAAGACCAGCGCUGACGUGAAGGCACUGACCUACUGUGGCCUGCAACAGCUGAGCAGUCGAGGGCUGUCUGAGGUCCUGAGACUCUACCCUGAGUAUGGGGCUGCUUUCCGAGCUGGCCUGCCCCGGGACCUCACCUUCAACCUGCGCCAGGGCUCUGACACCAAUGGCCUCAGCCGCUUUUGCCGAUCCCCUCACCUCUCCCAGCCCCGCUCGGAAAGCCUUGGCUCCUCCUCAGACAAGACACUGCCAUCCAUCACAGAGGUUGAGGGUGGGAUGGAGCCUGGAGGUGGUCCCAGGCCCCGCCGGCCCCUCCUACUGUCCAAUCUCAGCCCCGCACGGCCCCGGGGCUCCCUGGUCAGCCUUUUGGGGGAGGAGCUUCCCCCUUUCUCAGCCCUUGCCUCCUCUCCUUCUUUAUCCCCAUCACCUUCCCCUGCCCUGGCUGGCCAGGGCCCCAGCCCUUCCCCUCUGGGCCCGCCCAGGGGCUCUGCCGCCUGGAAGCCCCCCCAGCUGCUCAUUCCCUCCCUGGGAACCUUUGGACCUCCGGACCUCAGUCCCCGGAUAGUGGAUGGCAUUGAGGACUCUGGUAGCACAGCUGAGGCCCCUACAUUCCGGUUCAGCAGGAGGUCUGAGCCCCCAAGACCCCGCUCACAGGCCCCUCCUACAGGGAGCAGGCCCAGCCAGGUACUGGCCUCUGAGGCCGAGGAGGUGAAGGAGAAGGUCUGCAGGCUGAACCAGGAGAUCUCCUGUCUCAACCAGGAGGUAUCUCAGCUUAGCCGGGAGCUGCGGCACAUGAUGGGCCUGCUGCAGGCCAGGCUGGGUCCCCCAGGGCACCCACCAGUUUCAGCUUGGCCCCCGGACACCCCAGACCCUCCUGGCCCCCAGCUGAGGCCACCGUACAUCUCUCCUUGUCUGUCUGGACCACCGCCUAGCCUCCAGGAUACUCGGCUUGCUGAGGUCCACCGCCCGGCCAGUGUGGGGACCACAGAGAUGGGGAUUGCAUCCCCAGACUCCAGGCCCCCCGCGCUGAACCCCUACCCCUCAGAGCCUGAUCCUCUGAGACCCUCCCUGGUGCCAGAGGCCUCACCCCCGACCCCACGCCUCAUGAGGCACAGCUUUCGUUCAAGGUCAGACACUUUCCACUGACCCUGGCCCUGGGCCCAGGCCUGCCUGGGGUGGGCAUUGCCACCUGCCAUCCAGGAAGGGGCUGGGCCCCUUGGCUUCCUGCCUCAGGGUCAGCAGCCUCCAGCUGGUCUGGUUGGCUCUGGAUUCUCUGGACUUUUUGACAAAGCGUGGUCACCCUGACCCUGCUCCCUUUUCCAAAUGUUCCCCUUCCUCCUCUUCUGUGAGGGGAGCCUCCUGAGGCCGUGGAACCUAGCAGGCAUGAGAUGGACCGUGGUGCCCACUGGGCUAGCAGAUGAGAUGUCCUGCUUUCUCUCCAGGACCUGAAGGCAGCCCCCAGGUCUCUACUGGAGAUCGCUAGAGCAAUGUUCCCUGGAGAAGAGAUCCUAGCUGGCACUUGAUCAACUCAAGACAUCUUAGGUUUCCCACCGUCAGCCCAGGCUGGAAGGGCUUACCUCGUCCCUCAGCCUACACAGGAAACAAACUGGUGGCCCCCCAGACAUAUAUUCUUUGGCUCUCAUAACAUUUAUUAAAAAUAUGAAUUAGUUACCAACAUUAAACAUCGGGAGAGUUUGCAGAAAAAUCCAAACAUCCCAGCUUCACUUAAAAAUUUGAGAGAUCUGGCAACCCUGGGCAACAUUCCUAUCUGGCAGUAAUCAGCUGGGGUGUGGGUGGCCGCUGUCCUCUUUAGAUAGGGGCAGCACCUUCUGUUCUUUGCAGUCCCACCUUUCUGGAUCAUCUCCUGACACCCAGCUAGCUCCCCUCCUUUGAACUCUUUGCCUGGUCUUGGUGGGUUUUGAGCAUAAGAGUGUGCUCCUAGAUUCCUAUGCCCUGGGAGGUGCUUUUUGGACCCAGCAGUGUUGUUUCCACUCUUGGACCUGGGCCUGC